GGAGGUAAUCACUAGGAGUUUGAAGAAAAUGGCGUCGUCCAAGAAAAAACGUGCAGACGAAAAAAUAAUUGAUGAAGACGAGUUUGAUGAUGAAAUUGAUGAUGACGAAGAAGAAUCAGGAAGUGAAGAGGAACCAAUGGAUCAAGAAGUACAGUUGGACUUCGAAGCUAGGAUACCAGAUGAUAGUGACUUUAAUGGUAUACGGACCCUCCUUCAACAGGUGUUUUUGAAGGCCAAUGUAAACCUCUCCGAGCUUACAGACACUAUUAUUUCACAGAACUACAUCGGAAGUGUUAUGAAGCAACCUUACAAUCCGGAGCUUGAUGAUGAUGAUGAUGAGGAUCUAGAUAGUGAUGACUCAGUGCUGGCACUUACCACAGUUGUGAACAUUACAGAAAGACAGGACGUAGAUUGUGUAAAGCAGUUAAAGACAAUGUUGGUGGAGAAAUGUAAACAAUGUUCUGCUGCUCAAUCAGAUAAAUUGAGCAAGCUCCUGACUGAUCCUGAUCAUCAUGUAGGAUACUUGAUCAAUGAACGCUUUCUUAAUUUACCUCCAAGUAUGGCGGUGCCAAUGUUUGAAGCGUUAAUUAAGGAAAUGGAGAAAGCUAGGCAGAAAAAGAUGAAGUAUAAUUUUAGUUACUAUCUAAUGAUAUGUAAGUCAUUUGAGAUGAAGGCUGCACAUAAUGUGAAACAGAUGUUUUUCUCCAACUCUGAGGAAGAGUUAUUUCAAGAGAUGAGCGAUUUAUGUUUCCGUUACUCUGUGGCACAUGAGCGGGAUACAGGUGUAGAAAAAUGGAGUUCAGAGGACGAUAUGGAACCGUUUAGAACUGUUAUUGUACUUUCUGCAGAUAAAUUGGCAACUGUUCUUGAAAAAUUGAAACAUGAAAUUGCAAAAACAUAGAUGAAUUUUAGAAAA